AUGUUUAUUAAACCCGAACUAUUUCAUGACACAGUGGAUAAUCCAACACCAAUUUAUUUGGUAAUGAUGUUUAUUUUGGGACCGCUUGUAUAUAAUCGGCAAAUUAAACCACGUACUAAUGCUGUUAGACAAAAAAUUAGUAGAGGAAUGAAACGAACAAUGUCACGCUCGAUGAACAGUAUUGUUUGGUCAGCAAAAAAAGUGACAACAAGUGGAUUACGUGUAGGAAAAACGUUAGUCAAAAAACCAAAAGGAUUAAUCAAGAUUAAAAAGCCAAAAGCCCCAUCAAGAGUAUCUCUUUACAAAUUACUACCACUAAAAUUGGUCAGCCGUGUAUUUGGAUGGCUCUCUCGUUUGUAUUUACCAGUUUGGUUACGUCCAUUAUGUUUUAAAUUUUAUAUCAAAUUAUUUAAAUGUCGUACCGAGGAAAUGUUUAAUGAAGAUUUAACAAGUUAUAAGACGAUUUCAGAAUUUUUUCGUCGUAAAAUUAAGCUAAAUUUACGUCCACUUGAUACCAAUGCACCAAUCAUUUCACCAUGCGACGGAAAAGUGUUGACUUGUGGACGGGUAUCUAGUGGUCUUAUUGAACAAGUAAAAGGUAUAACCUAUACAGCGCAAACAUUUCUUGGUAGUCCACUGACAAAAGACGAUCAUACACCUCAUACUUAUGCUGAAUCAUUGUUGAAAUAUCAUGGACAUGCAUUACAUUAUUGUGUAAUCUAUUUGGCUCCUGGAGAUUACCAUAGAUUUCAUAGUCCAACAGAAUGGCAAAUUAGUUGGCGUAGACAUUAUGUUGGUCAUUUAUUUUCUGUUAAUCCCUAUGUGGCGAGUUGGUUACAAGAUUUAUUUUGUCUAAAUGAGCGUGCAGCUUAUUAUGGCUCAUGGACACACGGUUUCUUUUCUAUGACAGCUGUUGGCGCGACAAUAGUUGGCUGCAUUAACGUUCAUUUCGAUCCUGAAUUGAAAACAAAUAAGCGUCUCAGUCGUUUAGAAUUGGAACGACGUUUUCAAACAUCAGAAAACUCUAAUGGUAUUUUAUUGUCACGUGGUGAUAAUUUUGGCGAUUUUGAUUUUGGUUCAACGAUUGUUCUUGUAUUUGAAGCACCCGAUAAUUUAGUUUUCAAUGUUAAACCUGGUUGUCACAUUAGACUUGGUGAACCAUUAUGUUUUUUUGAUAAAAAUUUGAAGAUUAUUGACAAUCUAACAUCGGGUUUGUCAGCAGGGACCACUGAAGUGAGUACAUCCGAAUACGAAGAUGAGCAAGAAGAAAAUGACGUGAUGAAAAAAGAUGUAAACAUAGCGGUAGCAACAAAAGAAGAUCUUGAUGUUGCAGCACAAGCUGUUGAAUCAGCUGAAUGA